UCCAUCCACAUCUAGACUGACAUCGAGAAAUGUCAAAAUAGUGUUGGUUGUAUGUUUAUAAAAUCAGCUGUUCGGAGGAGCACACAAACAUGCCGUUCAUUUCCAAAGAUUGGCGAUCGCCUGGGGAAGCUUGGGUGAAGACUGAUGAAGGUUGGGAAAAGAAAAAGGUUCUGGAAAAUUCUAAAAUGAUCAAAUCAAAAAAUACGGAUGACGAAAGUGGAAUGGAAAAAGAAGGAACAUUGCAACCUCAUUGUCAAAUAACGAUAAAAUGUACCAAAGAAAUAGCUGGUUUCAAUGAACUAGAUGAAGUCGUAAAGAGAUUAGACUUCCGAAAUGCCGUUAAAGACGUUCGCAGGUUCAACUACAUAUGUGCGUUGUUGGAUCUGCUAAUAGGACAACAGAUGACAGCUCUUUCGGGGUGUGCUCAAAAAGCUCUUCUCGCCAUGUUAGAAGAAGUGGCUUGUCAUGUUGCUAAAAGUCAUCACAAUCCAAGAAGCUUUCGUAAAUUAUUAGCAAAACUGAGGGCUCUUAGCUCUGCCGAGAAAUCAGCCUACUGGGGAGCACCUCUAGGUUCUCAAUUGUUGUGGGAUCAACAUAGUAUUAAAAUCAAUAAAAUCUUCAAACUGGCAGCUCAAAUGCAGAUUUGCGAGAAAGACUAUCAACCGCACUUAUUGCAACUACCAGAAGAGUGCAUUAGAGAAAUAAUUUUAAGGUUAUCUGAUCAUAGAGACUUACAAGCCAGUUCUCAAACUUGUGAUACAAUGGCUAACAUUGUAAGCGAACAAAGGGUAUGGAGAGAAUUGACUAAAUUUCAUUUCACAAACCAGCAAAUACAGAUGGCUUUAGAUAAAGAUAACUUCCAUGGAGAUUGGAAAACACUUUUUAAUUCCUUGAAAAGGACAUAUGGUUUAACUGAAGAACUCCAAUACGCUGAGAUGCUUUCUUUAUGCAAAUAUUGCAGGUGCUUGUUUUGGAGAUCGUUAGGUCAUCCAUGUAUAGCAGACCAGAGUCCUGAAUUUAGAGAAAGAUUACAAAAGGCAGGAGGACCAAUGCCACCUAGUCCUGUUCCACCUUCGGCUUUCUUGAAAUUUUUUUCUCUGUAAAUAUGCACCUCAUUUUCAUUGAAAAUAAUUCGAUACCUACAUCACAUUAUAAUAGAUAUGAUAUGAAAAAUCAUCAGCUUCAAGACUGGCUAUAGCUUGUGGUAACCAUCUUACAUCUUUAUAAAUGACACUGAGAUAACUGUAGAAGAAAUAUGAAAAUAUUCAAUGAAAUUUAAGCUUUUGAGAUCAUGUUAGCAUGAAACAAUAAUCAAUUUUUUGGAGAUUGAAGGAUAAGAAGGCAGAAAUAGUAUGUUGGAGAAAUUUGAAUAUACUGUGCAGAAAAUUUGAAAUAAAUCACACUUUAAUGGGAUUGAUUAAUAUUUCUGCAUGUUAUCUUCUGCAGUUCUAUUUAUUUUAUUGACAAUGGCUUCAAUGGAAUAAUAAGGAAAAAAAUUGAUUCACCUCAAAAAAGUAUUCGUUGGUUUUCAUUUAGGUCACCUAAUAAUUUACGUUUUCAAGAGAUUUAAUUUGUCCAAUAAAUUUCGAAGAAAUUUUCUGUAAAUUUUCUGUUUGUUGAUGCAAAAACCUAUGUUUCCAUGGUUAGAAGAUCAACACUCAAAUUGAUAACAAUUAUUUGGAAGUAAAGUAAAAGAAAAAAUAACAACUGUGUAGGGUUUAUCAAGUAUUUCGAAUCAAACUGAAGAAAUAUGGAAGUUCGGUGUAAUUAUUACAUCUAGUUUAUCAAUCUAACCAAAAUAAUACACUAAGAUUUUACCGUUUUAAUUAUUUAGUGUUUCUAAUUUGAUAAGAACUGAAAAAUGUAAAUCGUCCAGCUAAAAUAAUGGAGUUGUGUGUAAUUAAUUUGUAGUCUGAUUUACGGAUGUUCCUAAUCUUUUUAAUAAUUGAAACAUAUCAUUAUACAAGACGUUUAAAUAACUUUGUCUGAAAAUAAAAUUUUUGUGAUGAUUGAAAUAACUGUGGCUUUUGUUAAUGAAACUAAUUAUAAUUUUUUUUCAUUACCCUCAAUGAUAUUAAUAAUAGUCAAAAAUCCUAUUGUGCUUGUGUGAUAUUGUGAUAAAAAUCUACUUUCAUAAAUUUUUUUGUGUUAAUAGAGGCGGCUCUUCUAUAGAUAUAUUUCAAGGGUGUAAAUAUGAAAAAAAAUAUUUUUAUUCUUAUUUCACUGAAGAGUAGUAGAAUAUUAACCAAGAAUUGUAAGAGAUCUAAGUUAUAAGAUGUAAAAGAUUAUUUUUCCUUUAUGAAUAAACUUGUGAGAAAACA